AUGACCGGUUUACCUCCCUCAACCGGUCGGCCGCGGCUGGCGAGAAUUGUCAUUCUCAUCGCCUCAACUACUUGCAUGACCGUGGUGCGAUCUCUGGAGAAGCAGCAAGAGGAACUUGAAACUACUGCGACCGGUGCUUUGGAAGCAACUUCAGGAGAGGGAGUUUCUCAGGAGCGAGAACAAGACUCGUCGACCAGAGCACAAAUAUCGUCAUCGCUAUCAUUGGCGGACGAGCAUGAAGAUGAACUACUUCAUCUAGCCUCGUCCUCAUCAGCCGCAGAUGAACACGCGCACAACGACGAGGACAAAAAAUCUUGCACUUUCUCCUCCUUCGCAAGCGACUUCUGCUUAAGCGCUAUUGACGACAGUUUCCCGGGUUUGAUGUUUGAGAUUCUCAUUUUCUUCUACGCUUUCGGAGGGUUGGCAGUUGCAGCAGACCACUUGUGCAACGCUAUGGAGACGCUGUGCGACCAUCUGAAGCUUCGAGAAGAUGUCGGAGGCGCGACUUUCAUGGCGCUCGGCGGGGCCAUUCCAGAGAUCUGCAUAAGCACGAUCGUCAGUCUUAAAACCGCUUUGUCUUCCGAUCACCAAGCAGGUCCCCACCUUCACGACCACCAGCAUUCCGAAGUAGCUCUCGGUGUCGGCGCCAUUCUCGGCAGUGGUCUCAUCGCGUUUUGUGUUAUUCCGAGCAUCUGCGUAUUUUUCGCAGAGGAUGAAGAUGGUUCUUGUACUAGUGCUCUGAUGGACAGUAGCUCAGGACCGAUGACCACUGCUGGCAGAGGCAGCAUUUCUUCUUCGACCAAUAGAAUAGUCCAAAAAGCAUUGUUGUCCUUGAAGCGGCGGCCAUUCAUCCGAGACGUAGUGGCUUACUUGACCUGUCUCGGAGCUCUGGUUUUCGUCGUCGAGCGACCCGACGGCGUAGUGACAACGUGGUGUGCGGGACUGUUUUUACUUUGCUAUGCGGUGUACCUAGCGACGAUCGUUUUAGGACGAACUCUGAGAAGAUUGGCGCGUCGUGUCAGAGGAAGCCAGCCACUCUUAGACCGACAAAUGAGUAGCUUUAGGGAACGAGCGCUGUCAAGGACGGGAACAAUCGACAUGGAUCCGGACGAAUUGCCAGGCGUCAAUCGCUUAUCAAGCGCUGUGGCGAUACUCCCUAGUAGCCUUGUGGCUGAAGUAGAUGAAUCUCUGAAUGCGAAGGUAGGUGGGGGCGUGGCGCAUAGAUCAGUGUCAAUUAUAGCUAUGCAGAAACCUCAUCCGACUAGUCCACGAGCAGUAAAUGGCGUAACAACACCUACCAAGGAAGGAGAGCAUGACCACGGCGCAGCAGAAGUACUAAAUCCUUCGAGCAGAAGUAGUGUAUCCUCUUCUUCCCGCAAUGCCGUUAGCCGCACAGCCUCCACCGACGGCAGAACGACACUUCUUUCUAGAGAGGUACGCGCUGACGAUCGAAGACAACCAGAACGCGUAGAACAACUUAGGACAACAUUGAAACGCGCGAUCUCGUCAAGCGAGCGUCUAGGUUCGAAAGAUGGUUCGUCCUCUGCGCAUUCUCUUUCAGUGCAAGAUACUAGGACUAAUUUGAAGGUGUCUAAAGCGAGUAGUAGUCCACCAAAAUUGGAGCAAGGUAUACAACCUGCAAUGUCAACGUCGCCAGGACCACCGGUAAUUAUGGCUUCUUCAGGGACGAAUUCCCCAGCAGCUAAGUGGGGAGGACCAGCAACGUCAAAACAAUUUCUUAUACUACCCCAGCCAGCAGAUGAACGAGUAGAAGCACAAGCACAAGCUGGAUCCGCAUCUCAGGUCUCAACCACAUCAUCUUCCAGACCUCCAUCCUCCUCGACAGUAGAAUCUGCAACUACCUCAUUGACUAUAGAAGACGCAGUGAUGAACAUGGAGGAGCGAGAACGCGCAGCGUCAGGUCUUCAGCAGGUAUCAACCAACAUCUUCUCAGGAGGACUUCUAUUAAGAGUAGGUUAAAGGUGCUUUUCUUACCGCUUUUUAUGCCUCUCCUAAGGGAGAAAGGCAUAAAAAGCGGGGUAAGCGAGCACCAAAAACCUACCUCUAAUUCUACAGCGAGAACAAGAAGAAGAAGAACAACAUCCUGUCGUUGAUUUUGAAGAACGAAUCUCAAACAUUGCGCAAACCGUGUGGGCGCCAGUGAUCAAGGUGUCGGACACAGUGUGCCCGGAUUGUAGGAUUUUCGAAGCACAUGAAAACCUGUGGCCAGUAACGUUCUUAGCAGCACUGACCUUAAUCGCACUGUGGAGUUCGUUGGUUACCACGAUAGUUUCGCGUUGGGUUCACCUUAUACACGGUGGAGAAGCAACACUGAGCUAUCUAGGAGUCGUUCUAGUAGCAAUCGGCGCAGAAAUACCAGACUGCGUUCAGAGUGUUCAGGCGGCAAGGUACGACAAUCAGAAUACAAAUAGUACUCUGAGUAGUAGUAGCGUUAUAAUAUAAGUUUUCAUCCACUUAUGCUGCAAUAUUACUAGUAUUACAAGAAUUUGAUGCUUAUUUUUCGACACACGCUCACGCUGCAAUCUCAUUCUCAAAGCUUCUGUAUCUUAUACCUCCUCAAGAAAUAACACCAGACGCGGCCUCGGUUCCAUGGCAAUUGCUUCUUGUUGGGGCGCUCAGACUCUGAACAUCUGCAUCGGCCUUGGCCUUCCUUGGAUGAUUGUCGCAUUGGUCGGCAAACCCAUUGUCUUCGACAAACAUUCCACCACCGGCUUAAAACAGACUAUGGUUGCUGUUUUCAUUGCAGUCAGUGGCAUCUUCAUAGCGGCAGUGGGACCCUUGGUUCUGGGCUAUUUGAUUAAGGCUACCCCUAAUCCAUCUCUAUAGGAAUCCCUCAACAAUAUGCAUCCCCAUACAAGGGGAAUACUGUGGCAUAUUGUUGAGGGAUUGCCACAGGGAUGAAUUAGCGAGAGCUCUAAUUUGAAGUGCAGCAUCUUCAACACCGUGAUGAACCCGAGUAGUGCAGCCUCUUAUGCGAGAAUACGUCUGGGGAGAGGCUCCGCAACGUUUAGCUUGACGCUGUACUUCAUGAUUUGCAUUGUGUUGGGAAUAUUGACGUUCUGUCCGACUAUCGCAACCAGCAGUCAUGUAGAUGUGCUUGGGCAGGGGCAACAAGAACGCCUAGUAGUACAAAACACUCAUCAGAGUCCCCUUGAACAGCAGCACACCCAAGUUACCUCAGCAGAGUCAUCUGCGGCUAGCGAAGACGCGCCGCUUUACCUGUAA